AUGGCGGAAGGAUUCUUGGAGCCAUCGUCUAAUAUUGGUGGAAAUGAACGAUCGAUGGUAGAAAUUGGAGAAGAAUAUUUUGAUAGCUUGCUGUGGAGUUCAUUUUUGGAUGGGGUGAAAAAGAAUGAGUUAGAUGACAUAGUGACGUGCAAGAUGCAUGAUCUGGUCCAUGAUCUUGGACGGGACGUUGUUGGGAGUCGUGAAUGUGCAAGUGCAAAUAUAAGUGAGUUGGAAAAUAAUUCUGAUAUUCGACGUUUACAGUUCAUAUCGGAUGACGGUUUAUCAGGGAGAUGUUUCAAAGCCUUGAGUGAAUUGAAGAAGUUGCGGACACUUAUGGCUCUCGAACCAAGUAAUAAUAUGAUUGGUUACAAAUUCUCAAGUAACAAGAAAUUGCGUGUGCUAUAUUUUGGUCGUAGUGCUAAAGGCUGUCCAGAGGUUACAUAUCCUGCUGCUAGUAAGUUAAGGCAUUUAAGGUACUUUCACAUUUCCGGUUUAAAACUUAUUAGUAUGCAUGAUGAUGAAUCCAUCACUAAGCUUUACAAUUUGCAGACGUUGGUAUUAAGUGGGUGUGCCUCUGUCCAUAAUGUUCUUAAAAACAUGGGAUCCUUGAAAAAUCUCAGGUUCCUUGAUAUAUCGUCUUCGGAUAUUAAAAAACUACCUGAUUCUGUCACUAGUCUAUGUAAUUUGCAAAGAUUGGAUCUUAGUCAUUGCAAGAGCUUAACCACCUUUCCCAACUCUGUCACCUGUUUGAAAUACCUAAAAUUUCUUGUUAUGUGUUUUACACCUAUUGAAGAACUACCUGGUUUCAUCAUCAACCUUGCCAAUCUGCAGACAUUAGAUGUCAAUGGCUGUGAAAAAUUAAAGUCCCUACCCAAGAAUGUAGCGGGUCUCUCUAAUUUGAGAAUAUUUGAGUUCAAAAACUGCCCAUUGGUUGAAGCAUUACCAGAAGAUUUUGGAGCAUUCUGUCAGUUAAGGUCCCUUGACCUAGAAGGUACUGGAAUCAAAGUAUUACCAGACUCCUGUUCAAACCUUCACAAUCUUGAGGUGCUGCAUCUUUGCCACUGUGAGCUUCCCAGAGAUGUAAAGAAUUUUACAAAACUCAAAAAAUUUCGUUACACUUACCGGGAAAAAACAAUUAUGCCGGAGGGUGUAGGAAAACUAGCUCUCCUUCAAGGUUUGAUUUACGCUGUGCACGAUAAACUAAUAAAUGAAGCUGAAUGUAACGUUGGUGUUGAAGAGUUGGGAAACCUAAACUUUCUAGAGGCACUAGAUAUUGUGAAUCUUGAGAACGUGAAAGACCCGAUUGAUGCUGAGAGAGCAAACUUAAAAGUAAAACAGAAUCUUCGUGAAUUGGGUCUAUGUUGGGGUAAAAGAGAAGAAGAGUUGAGCGCGAUGUGGUGGGACGAGAAUGCAUGUAAUGAUCUUCAAUUAUUGAAAGCUCUCCAACCUCCUCCUGGUUUGAUAAUAUUAGGUAUUACUAACUUCAUGGGGUCGGAUCUGCCCACGUGGAUAUGUCCAUCUGGUCUUCCAGAAUUGGCAUAUUUGAGAUUUGUAAAUUGCCGCGGAAUGAAACAGCUACCAGCAUCUAUUGGGAAGCUCCCACGUAUCAAGUAUCUUAAACUUACAGGAAUAUCUUUAAAGAGUUGA